GACGAUGUGGUGUUCAUAGUUUUCGAUACUGCUCAAAGGCACGUUGUUUUGGUUUCUUGGUGUUAAAUGACAGUGUCUAAAGUCAGCUGGUGUUUCGUUGUCUUGUAAAGUUACUUAUCGGCGUAAUUUGGACGUGCCGAGAGCUAACAGUUAAGCGGGUUAACGACCGUCAGCGACAAGUGGGCUUGUGGCUAUAUACCUUAAAGCUAUGAUGCCUCGAGACAAUAUGACCUCCCUCAUUCAGAAAAUCGCCAGACAAGCCCUCACAACGUUCAAAAAUUCGUCUUUGGUUGGUGAGAACAACAAAGUUUUUGUGGAAAACCAAGCUAAAUUGAAAAGCCUCCUCGCCGAAAUCAAAGCAGCGGAUUUGAAGAUUGUACCCCGAAAAGUUGACAGCCCUACUCUCCAUGUACCUCAUAGUCCCCCUGUUACAUACAUGCCAAUAUGCGAAACUGACGCCUUCAGUAUGGGAGUAUUUUUGUUAAAGACUGGGACUUGCAUCCCUCUUCAUGACCACCCGGGAAUGCACGGCAUGCUGAAAGUAUUAUAUGGUAAGGUCAGAAUUAGUUGUUUUGAUAGACUGGAGAAGCCACCUGACGUUGCCAGUGGUGUGCAGUUCAACCCUCCACUGCUACCUUUCCAGAGGAGUUCGAUUAGGCGCUCGGUGUUGAGGUCGGUGGGUGAAUACACAGAGGAAAGUAGUCCAUGUGUGUUAACACCUCAGAGGGACAACAUCCACCAAAUCGACGCUGUUGACGGACCCACCGCUUUCCUCGACAUUUUGGCCCCGCCAUACGACCCAGAUGAUGGUAGGGACUGCCAUUAUUAUAAAGUUGUGCAGUCUGAUUUGGAGGCCGCGGAUAAAAAAACUGAGGCCCAGGGUCCGACAGAGGUAUGGCUAAUGGAAAUACCGCAGCCGACUGAUUUUUGGUGUGGCGGCGAAGCUUACCCUGGACCAGAGGUAUCCAUCUAAAGAUUUAUUUUCCAAGAGCAACUUAUUUGACGCAUAUAAACCUGGAGCACGCACCUUGGACUGAAAGAACCACCCUCAGGACAUUCUUUGAAAAGACUGCCUUAUGUGUUGUAGGCAGUGAGAUGAAUAUGUUAAAAUGAUACCGCAUGGGACGGUGGUUUCUAAGACCGUAGCAUCUUACGGAAGGCUUCAUGCACUUUGUCCAUCAAAAUGUGACUCCCCAAAUGUUGAUUGUGUCAGUGUGACGAUGCAUUUUGCUUGAUUUGAAGAGUUAUACAAAUGUUGAUAAUCUCCACAAGCACUUACCGCUAACAGAUCCUUUGAAAUAGCUUGACUGAUUCAUAAUCUGCAGGAUUGUAUCUUCUUUUGAAGUAAAGUAUCUCAGUGCUUUUAUGAUUUUGUUCGACUCAGCAAAAUAUGAAUCUAGAAAUUGGUUCAAAUGAGGGAUUCAAGUUUGAGAGGGUUACAUUAAUCUGUUCAUUUGACAAUAAACAAAAAGACAUGUCAUAAA